CAUAUGUAAUAAAAUCAGCGAGAUGAUACAAGGUUUGGCCACACCUGUGGACUUACUGAAGUUGAUCCCUAUUCUACAGCACAUGCAUCAUGAUGCUAGCCUAGCCUCCAGCUCCCGGCAGCUGCUCCAGCAGCUGGUAACAUCAUAUCCCUCCACCAAGAUGGUCAUUGUUACUCUGCACACCUUUACUCUGCUUGCUGCUUCUUCUUUGGUUGACAUUCCUAAGCAGAUCCAGCUUUUGUUGCAGUACUUGAAGAAUGACCCCAGGAAGGCUGUGAAGAGACUUGCAAUCCAAGAUUUAAAGUUGCUGGCCAACAAGACACCACAUACGUGGAGCAGAGAAAACAUUCAGGCACUCUGUGAAUCUGCUCUUCACACUCCUUAUGACAGCUUGAAGCUGGGCAUGCUGUCUGUUCUUUCCGUGUUAUCGGGGACCAUUGCCAUAAACAGUACUUCAGCACUGCUCCAGGUCUUUGCCGUUUCCAGUCCCAGGAGCUCUGCAGGAAGGGCCAACUCAUGCGAAUUGCAGAGCAACCAUCUUUCCCUCCUGCAUCCAGCCGGAGAGCAUAGCCUGUCAGCACUGACCGUGCUUUGCAAGGCUGGGAAAAACACCCCGAUGUGGAAGAGAGCAUCCACUCCGCUGAUGUCCGCAGGAGCAGCGUCUUCCCUUCUUGCUGCCAGCCCUGCUUCCCUCCCCGCGAUUUCCAGGUCAAAGACACAGCGAAGAGCCCGAGUCGGAGACAGCCAAAAAGUUCGGUAGAGGAAGCUCUGGCUCAGCGUCUUCACUGUUCGCACUGUUUGCGCUGCCUCGCCUCCGCUUUAACCCGCUCAGGCACUGCCGGCCGGGACAGCCCGCAGCCUCCACCGCAGAGGCGGGCAGGAGCAGCACGGCUGGGCCGGCAGCACUGUCCUGGCACUUACACGGAGGGAAGGGAGGAGAAGAAAAGUGAGAGGAAAAGGAGCAGAGGGAAAAUGCGAGUACGAAGAAGCCGCAGACAGCAAGGGAGAGGCAGGCGCGGGCUGCACUGGCACCCAGCGACGGCGGCCGGGACCGCUCCGGGAAGCGGCGGCGCCGGCUCCGGACCGGGCACCGCGACGGGAAGGGGAGUGGAGGAAUCUCUCCUGAGGACUGGGCUUCCCAAAGCCCCUGCUCCUAAACUGGAGGAGCUGGGAGUUUCUAAUAACCUACAUUUUGGGGCGGGGAGAAAGGAAAGGGAAAAAGAAAAAGGGAAAAAGGAAAAAAAUCCAAACCUCGACCUUUUCCCAUGUAGUCCUCAAGGGUGCUUGUCCAAGCCACGAAAAUAGGAAGUGCCUGGGGGAAGGUCGCAUGCAUUUCACUCUUUGUAUGGCACCAGACUGUGUUACUUUCCAGUGCAGCUGAAGGAGAAAUGAAGCCUUACUGGUGAGAACUGAACGAAUCUUUCCAGAUUCAUCUACCUGUGUUUCACAAGUCUGAGAGCAAAUCUGUCUUUUCCUGCAAGAUAAAAAACAUUUUGCAUUUCAUUUCAAAGAGACAAAGUUAAAUAGUGCUGCAUAACAAGGGCAAUGUUUCAAUAGGAGCCCCAGUAAUAGAUGUUCUAUGCUGAGUAGUUUUAUGUAGCAAUGACAACAUAGUCAAUUGAUUAAUAAGUUAAAAUGUUUUAGGACUCACUCAAAACCCACUCUAUAUAGCAGCGUAAGCAUGUCCAUUUUCCAGAUAGGCUACAUCCGUCAGUUAUACGAAGUGAAGGGAUAGGGAAAGCCUUCUGAUAUCAUGAAAAAUCUUUGAAUGUAGCAAGCUUUUCUUUGCCUUUCUACUGUGCUUAAUCUUACCCACCUAAUCCUGUACAGCCAUUCGCCUUACGGAAAUAUUUUGUGAUAUGGAGAAAUUCUGUAGAAGGAAACAGGAGUAUGCGAAUUAGAUUAUACCCAUAGCCUGGAUCCAUCUGGCACUGCCUGGUUUAGGAAAGCCAGAAGAGAUCAUACAAUUUCCUCACCUUCCUGCUAUGAUUUUUACAACUUAUCUUAAAAGUCUCCCUUUUUCCACUUGAAAACGACCCAGGACUGGAAAUAUGAGGGCUGUACUAACACAGACUGUAUAUUCUGGCUAAAACCAGAAGUCAUUCAUUCUAGCAGUACCCUGAUAUAUCUGGCAUGCUUAUAAAUUUGGGAACUAGGCAAUACAAGUUCUGAACCUCAUUUUUUUUCCACACCAAAUUAAACAUCUGAGUUUCACUUGC